UUCAACCACCAACAGCAGCCACAUCAGCAAUGCAAACAACUUACUAUCCAUCAACUGGAUCCACUACCCCACCCACAGUGCCCCCAUCUAGACUGGACUGUACAUUUGAGAGAGAUUUCUGUCAGUGGGCACAAUCUAAAGAUGAUAAAUUUGACUGGACAAGGGCCACUGGUCCUACUUCAUCAGGACAGACAGGACCUUCAGUAGAUCACACACUUGGAACAGCUCAAGGUCAUUAUGCUUUCAUUGAGACAUCAAGUCCAAGACGACUUAAUGAUACUGCUAGACUUAACAGUCCAUUAAUUCCUCCACGUGCCAACGCUCAAUGCCUGAGAUUCUGGUACCACAUGUAUGGACCCGAUGUCAACACACUAAAUGUAUAUGCCAAAUUUGGGAGACAGAUUGGAACUCCAGUCUGGAGCCAUACUGGAACUAUUAACAAUCAGUGGCAUUUCCAAACUGUUGAUAUAACAAGCACACAAGGAGCUUCCUUCCAGAUAGUGUUUGAGGGAGUAAGAGGGACAAGUUACCGUGGUGAUAUAGCCAUUGAUGACAUUUCAUUCUCCACUCAACCAUGUCAACAAGCACCUGGAGCUAAGUGUGACUUUGAGCUUGGUCUAUGUGGUUACACUCAGGUUAAGACUGAUGUAUUUGAUUGGUCAAGAUCUGUCGGGGGCACCUCGUCUUCUGGAACAGGACCUCGCAAUGACCAUACAUAUGGUACCAAUAGAGGUCAUUACAUGUAUAUUGAAGCAAGUUCACCUCGUCGUAGAGGAGACACAGCACAACUUCUCUCCCCUAGUUACUCUUUAUCUAGAGGAGGCUGUCUAAACUUCUGGUACAAUAUGAAUGGUGCAAGUAUGGGAACACUAAAUGUAAUUCUUAGACAGGGAACAAGACCACAACGAAUCUGGACCAAAACUGGACACCAGGGAAUUGCCUGGCAACUGGCACAAGUUACAAUUCCACAAAGUUCUAACUAUACAUUAAUGUUUGAGGGCAUUGUAGGCACUGGUUACCAGAGUGAUAUGGCAAUUGAUGAUAUUUCUAUUAAUAAGUGGAGGAUGUUACAUUACCAGAUACCACCAACAAGUGUAAAUGUAUGGAAGUAUAUAUUUAUCGAGGCAAGUGCUCCUCGAGUAAAGGGAGAUACAGCACGUGUUACAACCCAGCAGUUUAAUCCAACAACUGGUAGUUGUAUGAACUUCUGGUACCACAUGUAUGGUUCUGGUAUUGGUCAGCUGUCAGUAUGUCUGGUUACAGGCACAACAAACCAGACAUUGUGGAGGCUUACCGGCGGCAGUCAAGUACAAACCUGGCAAAAUGGUCAAAUUGGAAUUAAAAGUAGCAAACCGUACAGGGUUGUAAUAGAAGGUGUUAGAGGAAGCUCAUAUCUUAGUGAUUUGGCAAUAGAUGAUAUCUCAUUUACAGGGUCUUCUUGUUCAAUUAACAUGGUUAUAUUCCAAGCUCUACGAGGAAUCAGUUACCGGGGUGACAUUGCUCUAGAUGAUAUCAGAAUGUCUUUAGGAGCUUGCAAACAAGCAGCUAUGACUUGUGACUUUGAGCAGAGCUCAAUUUGCAACUACGUACAGGACCAAUCUGACACACCCAACUUUGACUGGACUUGGAAAUCUGGUGGUACUGGCUCAGCCAGUACAGGACCACCUUCUGAUCACACUACCGGAACCCGAACUGGACAUUAUAUCUACAUUGAAACAUCAGCACCAAGGCAACCAAAUGACACUGCUAGAAUUUCUACACCAAACUACACACCACAGAGUUCUGCCCCUGUGUGUGUCAAGUUUUGGACACAUAUGUUUGGAGUUGAUGUCAACACACUGAAUGUAUAUCUUGUUAACAGUCAACAGCCCUCUAAGAGAAACCUAAUAUGGACACGUUCACUAAACCAGGGUAAUGCAUGGAGACAAGCAGCUGUCACUGCUAACCCUAGUGGUCAAUACAAGAUUGUGUUUGAAGGAAUUAGAGGAAAAGGUUACCAUGGUGAUAUAGCAAUAGAUGAUGUCUCUAUCUCAAAUGGGGCUUGUAGUGGACAAGGAGACAAAUGUGACUUUGAGAAAGAUACAUGUUUCUAGAAGAACAUUAACCAAGGGGAUGAUUUUGAUUGGUUAAGAUCUCGUGGGAAAACAGGCAGUUCAUUUACUGGACCAAGUACAGAUCACACACAAGGAACCAACUCUGGAUACUACAUGUUUAUUGAAACAAGUGCCCCUAGGGUUAAAGGUGACAAGGCAAGGCUUAUCAGUAAGGUUUAUCCACCGUCAGGACCAAAGUGUUUCAACUUUUACUUCUACAUGUAUGGUGCUGACAUUGGAUCUCUCAAUGUUUACGUUCUGACCAACGCCUCAUCAUCAGCUUUCUCCUCGGAAGCAUUGAAAUGGACAAUGUCUGGAGAGAAUCCAAACAAUUGGGAGCAGGGAUCAUUCAAUCUCACUUCCCAGUAUACAUCAAACCCAUAUGAGAUAAUAUUUGAAGGAAUUAGAGGAAAAGGUUAUAAAGGAGACAUUGCUAUUGAUGAUACAGCAUUAGUUGAUGGUGGAUGUACACAAUUUCCAGAUAACUCUCAACCAAGUCAAUCAUCACUUGGAACAGUCACAUGUAACUUUGACUCAGAUUACUGUCAAUGGAUUCAAAGCACCACUGAUCAGUUUAACUGGUCACGCAUCAAUGGCUCUACCUCCAGCCAAGGUACCGGUCCUCUAGGAGACCAUACUAGUGCUGGUCAAUCAGGGUAUGGGACAGGAUCAUACAUUUAUAUAGAAGCGUCUGGGCGACACACACCUGGUGACAAAGCUGAUUUGAUGACUCAGAUCAUACCUAGCACUUCUCCACAGGGCAGAUGCUUUUCCUUCUGGUAUCAUAUGUAUGGUGGAUCUAUAGGGAAAUUAAACAUCUACAGUAUAUCAGGGGGACAGCAGACAUUACUCUGGACGAAAUCUGGUACUCAAGGAAACAAAUGGCAACAAGCAAGUCUUAACUACGUCAGUAAAACUGAUUUUAAGAUGAUGAUAGAAGGAACAACAACAGGUGGUUACCGUGGUGAUAUAGCUGUAGAUGAUGUAUAUCUAGAGUCAGUACCCUGUUCACAGUCAAUUGUUAUCACAAAGACAAAGACCUGCACAUUUGAGUCUGGACUUUGUGGUUGGACACAGGACACAACAGAUAACUUUGAUUGGACACUAAAUGGCAACAAGACAACAAGUUCAGGAACAGGUCCAACCACUGACCACACCUUCCAAACUGGACAAGGACAUUAUUUGUAUAUUGAGGCAUCAGCUCCAAGGAAGACGGGAGACAGGGCAAGUAUAAUGACACCCAGCUAUCCAGCCACCAAUGGAGAGUGUGUCCAGUUUUACUAUCACAUGUAUGGUACAGAUAUGGGGAAACUCAUCGUUCAUACUAUGUCUAAUGGUCAGAUAACUGGAGACGUCUUAACUAUCUCUGGUAACCAAGGAAACAAGUGGAUUCGUGGAACAGCAACAGUUCAAAGUUCAAUUUCAUAUCAGGUAAUUUAUAUACACCUUUUUUUUUUAAAUUCAUGAAAAUAGAUUGUGUUG